CUCAUUCAUCUCCCUUCUCUAUAACAAGAAAAAUGGAGAAUGAAGACCAUUUCAGCUUCUUCAAGAUCAUUCUACCUGGCCAAACAAAGUUUGAUACAAUGAGAAUCCCACGAAACUUCACCAACAACUUUGCAAAAAACUUGCCCCAAAAUGCUACCCUCAGAGGUCCUUAUGGCAAGAUUUGUCCCGUUAAACUAAGAAAAGAUCAUGAGGAUUAUGUAAAGAUUGUAGAUGGAUGGGAAUUGUUUUACGAAGACUCCCGCUUUGAAGGUGGGGAAUUCACGGUCUUCACUUACGAUGGAAACUCGCACUUCGAAGUGCGAGUGUUCGAAAUGAGUGGAAUAGAGAGAAUGGGGCAAUUUCAUGGAGAAUGUUCUAACAUUAAUAAUAACAAAGUACAGGUGAUUGAUGAUGCUGUGAUGUUGGAGAAAGCUGGAAUCAAACCUCCUUAUUUUGUAAAACGUUUGUUGAGCUACCAUUUCAACAAAUUCUUCAUUCUGAAUCUUUCCAAUUGCUUGGCCAUGGAACAUCUACCUAGCGAAAAAGCAACCGUAGUUCUACUAAAUAAGGAGGGAAGAUCAUGGGAUGUGACCUAUAUUCCAAGGAAGAUCCGAUCAACCUUCUCCCGAGGUUGGGUCCAUUUCAUGAAUGACAACGGUCUCAAGGAGGGUGAUUUGUGCGUAUUCGAGAUUCUCUCCCAGUAUGAAAUUCGGGUCCAUGUGUUUCCUAGCUAAUUCGAUUAAUAAUUAAUUAGCUAGGUAUAGCCUAAGUUAUGUUUAGUAUAUAUAUGUAUGAAAGUAUGGUCAUUUGGGUUAUGUUUAUGAAUUGUUCACAAUUCUCUCCUCCCAAGGAGAGUGACACAAUUCGCUUUGUGCAACCAUCAAUUUCUAUUAA